CACAGGCCUUAUAUAAAGUAAUUUCUUUGCAAACAGGGUACACAUGACCAGUGGUCACCGACAGUGUUAGUUAUCUAAGUGUUGUGCGUGAACUUACAAGCAAAAUGAAAGCCUUCGUCGCAAUCCUCUUCAUGACGGCAUCAGUUCUCGCUGAACCGAGCAAAGUCAUUCAAAAGCGCAGUGGACUGGUAGGACACUAGUCGGAGUACCAGUUCCCGCUCCUUACGCGGUGCCAGUUCCCAAGCCGGUAGCAGUUCCAGUGCCCCAGCCUGUGGCGGUGCCAGUUGUCAAGUCGAUCGUGACCUCAGGUCUGGGUGCGUCACUCUACGGCGCUGGUCUCCACGGCGCUGGUCUCCACGGACACGGACUUGCUUCUAAGAUCUGGUGAAGAGAUGCGAAUUGAACACUCGAUUGUUAGAAUCAAAUGAAAUUUUUGAUAGCAAAUUAAUCACAGUUUAUCAUGGUUAGAUAGAUAAAAUUAUAGUCUAUGGUACUCUUUGACAAAAUACCUUUCUAUUGUUGUUAAAAUUAACAAUUCGGUUAAAUAGUUUUUGAACUUUUGUUAACAAUUUUACAAAAUUUUAAAUCAAAUUCAAAUUCAGCUAGGUUACGUCUAGCAGUUACAAAUUGUGUUAAUAGUCGAAAGUAUUACGAAAUUGUAAUUUUCAUUACGAAAUAACGGCUUUACUUAAACGUGCUUACAAUAUUAAUAUCUUUAAACUGUAUUAUUAGUGCAAAGGUUAAUGGCGGAAGGUUUUUUGAAAUUAUGAUCAACAAACGAGUGUUUGAUAAUUCGAAGGCUUUUAUUGAGGCACUUAUAGUCACGAUUGAUAUGUGAUUUAGUUAGAUUUAGUUAUAAUAUAUCUUUGGAUGACUCUUUAUAUAUUGGGUUAGUAUCGAAGUUGAAUCUUGUUUAUUUUGGAGUCAAAAAACGUUUGUAAAUUUAUAGAUGUCUUUACCAAAACUUUUUGUAUUUUUUAUAGAAUGUAUAUUUUAGUAUUCACGUUUACCGUUUUUUAUAACCUAUAUUGAUCCAUUUUACAAAUAUAUUUAGGUUACAAAAUGUUCUUAUACAUUUAUAUUGUUUUUUUCUUGAUCUCUUUCAAUACCAUGCUAAAGAGAGGCUUCACGUAUGUACCUAUAUUAUGUACCAGUGUAAUUUGCUUUUGUAAAUAGCUAUAUAUAGUGGUGUAAGGAAGAAUACAGUUUGUUUCGACCGCAGUCGACUAAAUACUAUUUUUAUACUGACUUUUAUAAUAAAAACUAUCUCAAUA